AUGACAAGGGGGCCGAUAGUCAUAAAAUCGGCACUAGCCUUUUCAUUUCUGUUCGUUUCUGUUGUAAUCCAGUGAUAAUGGCUCCCAGAACGGAUGGAUUACAAGUUCAUUACAGGGGAGUAAGGAAGAGGCCCUGGGGUCGAUUCGCAGCAGAGAUCAGAGAUCCUGCCAGAAAACAGAGAAUUUGGCUCGGAACAUUCGGUACUGCUGAAGAAGCCGCCAGGGCUUAUGAUGCUGCUGCGAUUUCUUUGAGAGGACCUAGGGCUAAAAUAAAUUUCACCUAUUGCUCAUCCUUUGCCGAGCAGAAUAGCACAGUAGAGUUCUGCGCCCGCUCUGCUAUCAAGCCUCUUAAGAAGCAUGGAUCUUCAUUUUCUAUUUUAAAUCCGUGUCACGCUCUACCUGAUAAGGAGCCUUUCUUGUUUUCUGGUAAAGCAGGGGAUCUUGAUUUUUCCGACAAUAGACAGAUCUUUUGCGAGAAAAUGGAGAAAAUUGUUACGACAAACGGUCAAAGCGAGUCUGAAUCUUCGUCACUUGUUGUGGAUGCGGAAACGGAAGCGGAGCCUCCUUCGGCAAAGAAGAUGCCGCCGCUCUUCGAUCUGAACCUUCCGCCGCCCGUUGAGGAAGAAUUUCACAGUUAAUCGUCUGGAUCGGCUCAUUAAAUUUGUAAUUAGGUAGUCAUUUUGGUAGCGAUUGUUAUUUUGAUGCGAAAUUUUUUGUUUCUGUUUCAGAAAUUUUCUGAGAUUCGGAAUUCAAAGAAAUUAAAAUGUAAAUAAAAUUAACGAUGAUGAUGAAAAGAAAGGCGCCAUUUGUCGAUAAA